CAUCAGUUGUCUCUCAACUCUCAAUCUCUCAUCUCUCAGCUCGUCGUCCUUUGUCUCUUAAGUUCAGGCCAGCCGCUGCCCGCUGCUCAGUCCUCACUGAGUGCUCGCAGCCCGCAAGCCACUUCUCAUUGGCCACUGCUCAGUGCUCGCUCGCGAGUCGCGCCUCGAAGGACGAAUGGCUGGAAAAGCUGUAAAAUCUGUAGCAAAAGCAGUUGGGGAAUAUCAAUAUCCAUGGCAAGAAAAGUUGGUAAAAUACAAGGAUGAGCUUUCAAAGGGAGUUUGGGGUUACUGGGAGCUUGGAGCCUGGAAACCUCUGGGGAUCAGUGCUCGCCAUCGAGCUCGUCUGCGCAAGGAAGUUGUUCUUGCUGGACAAGAUUGGCCAUACGAUCCAGCGAGAAAGGAAAUGAGAACAAAGCAGAAAGGGCACAAGUGUGACAGAAUAUCAGCAGAAAAACGGGCAAAGACAGCUGAACUGAUGCAAAAAAUGCCUGAAAUGUUGGCUGAUUAUAGGAAGAGAAAGUGGGAAAGGAAAAUGAAAGCAGAAGAAGAUGCUGCCAGAAAAUCACUGCAAGAAUAGGUUAUACAUGGGAAUGGGAUCCUUUCUUUUUCGACAAUAUAAUGGACCAAAGAUUUCCUGCUCACUUUUUGUUCUGUAUUUUCAAACCGUAGCAAUCGGCGUUAUUUGCCUUGCUAUUAGAUGUGAGUUAAUAACUAGUGUUUUGUUUUUCUUCAUAUGAUCUUAUUAUGAAAACAAACAAAAAAGAUGUUUAUGGAGCAUAUCGAGUAGUUAAGUUGUUGUUA